AGUGUUUUAAUGAACCUUAUAUAAUUUAUAUUAAAGAAAUACAAGAUCCUAUCCCCCAUAAUAACCCCCUAAUUGUGAAAAAAAGCUUUUUCCUUUGUAUGAACAAGCGGGACUUUUUUAAGAGGCUAUGCUAGCAACAGGUGCGUCGUUUGUUCGUUACCACGGUGACCACACUAAACAAUGCCAAAAUUAGCGCGUGUGACACUCCGGUACGGACCUUAUGAAUCCAGUGGACUCGUACAACACCGGACCUUUCGUCUGCAGGGUCUCCAGGCCGCUCUGAGAGCACGCGGGCACCAGUUCGCUCUGGAAGAGAUGAAUGAGUGGGGUACAGUGGAGCUCAUCGUGAACGGACAUGUCGUUUUCAGCUGUGAUAUCAAACAGCUGGAAUUUGGUGGUGAUGGAAAACUGGACCCCGUUUGCAUAGAAGCUGUUAAUGCUGUGGAGAAUGCCUACUGAAGAUACCAAUCCACCAAGCGAAGAGAAAAAAGUAUUAAACAACCAUGUGUGUCU